AUGAUCGGGGUUAGAAGUUCUCUUUGUUCCCAACGGGAACUAAAAAAGCCGGGGGCGGGAAAUAGGGUACAGACAUUUUCUGAGGUUUCUGACAAGGACUGCAAGAUGGGAAACGGAUAUGUGUGGGGGGGAAUGAGCUCAGCUAUGAUGAAUGAGAGGAAAAACGGGCAUGAUUCCUUUGAGGGGGAAGAGGUGUUACAUCAGGCAGAAGCCAGCAAGCCUUGCCAUCACUCACCGAGAGCUUGGGCACUGUUAGGAAAACAACAACAACAACAACAACAAGAAAUAACAGAUGUUGGUGUGGACAUGGAGAACAAGGAACCCUCGUGCACUGUUGGCUUAGUUGUUAUUCGGGUGCCUGAGAGUCGCGGGCUUUUGUCAGGGCUGGAGCGGGCUCGGGAGUGCCUGCCGCGCGGUAGGAGGCAGCUGGAGUCGCAGCGGCCGCCGCGNCUUUCCUCGGGCACCCCGACCGCACUCAUUGGGACCGGGUCGUCUUGUCCGGGAGCCAUGUGGCUCUUCUUUUUUUUUUUUUUGGAGUCCGAUGAGGAGGACCUCCCCGUCGGGGACGAAGUCUGCAAACGCGGCUACCUGCGGAAGCAGAAGCAUGGGCACUGGCGCUACUUCGUGCUCAAACUCGAGACCGCCGACGCCCCGGCUCGGCUGGAAUACUACGAAAACGCCAGGAAGUUCCGGCACAGUGUCCGCGCUGCGGCAGCGGCGGCGGCCGCCGCCGCCUCCGGCGCCGCGGUCCCCGCGCUCAUCCCGCCGCGGCGCGUGAUCACCCUGUACCAGUGCUUCUCCGUGAGCCAGCGGGCCGACGCAAGGUACCGACACCUCAUCGCCCUCUUCACCCAGGACGAGUACUUCGCGAUGGUGGCCGAGAACGAGUCGGAGCAGGAGAGCUGGUACUUGCUGCUCAGCCGCCUCAUCCUCGAGAGCAAGCGCCGCCGCUGCGGCACGCCAGGCGCGCAGCCGGAUGGGGAGCCGGGCGCGCUGGCGGCUGCAGCGGCGGCGGAGCCACCCUUCUACAAAGAUGUGUGGCAGGUAAUAGUCAAACCCAGGGGGCUGGGGCACAGAAAAGAGCUGAGCGGCGUGUUCCGGCUCUGUCUCACCGACGAGGAGGUGGUAUUUGUGAGGCUGAAUACCGAAGUGGCCAGCGUGGUCGUCCAGCUCCUGAGCAUCCGUCGCUGCGGGCACUCGGAGCAGUAUUUCUUCUUGGAAGUCGGUAGGUCCACCGUCAUCGGUCCCGGGGAGCUCUGGAUGCAGGUCGAUGACUGUGUGGUGGCCCAAAACAUGCACGAGCUGUUUCUGGAGAAGAUGAGAGCCCUGUGCGCAGACGAGUACCGAGCCCGCUGCCGCAGCUACAGCAUCAGCAUCGGCGCCCACCUGUUAACCCUGCUGUCCACUAGGAGGCACCUGGACACGCUACCGCGCGAGCCCGGCGGCUGGCUGAGGAGGUCCCGCUUUGACCAGUUUUACCACCUCAGGGCCGUCGGUGAUGGGGAAGACGAGACGCUCCUCACCAGGCGCCACAUAACACCCAGCGAGCCCGUGCCCCACUCCAGGCGAGGAAGACUGCACCUGCCCAGAGCGCGCAGGACCAGAAGAGCGAUUUCCGUGCCCGCCAGCUGUUUUCGCCGCCUACCACCUAGCCCAGUGCGCAUCCCGCAUCCUGCAGAAGUCCCGAGCGACAGAGCUUGCCUGUCUCCUGAAGCUUCUGGCUCUGGCAACUCUGGGGAAGAAGGCAGUCCUCAGGGCCAAGAAGGUCAGGAAGGAAACGGAGGUGACUACAUGCCCAUGAACGGAUGGGGCUCGGGAAACGGCCAGGGUUCCGGAGGUGGCCAGGGCUCGAGUGGCCAAGGCUCCAGUAGCCAGGGUUCAGGAGGAAACCAAUGCUCGGGCGGGGGGCAGGGCUCCGGAGGAGGUGGCCAGGGCUCGGGUGGCGGCCAGGGCUCAAGCGGUGGCCAGGGCUCAAGUGGCCAGGGCUCAGGGGGACAGGGUGCAGGAGGAAACCAGCGUUCAGGAGAUGGCCAGGGCACCGCAGGUGGGCACGGCUCGGGCAGUGGCCAGGGAUCCGCCGGCGGCAGCGGGGGACAUGGCUCAGGCGGUGGGCGGGGACCUGGAGAUGGCCACGGCUCAGGCGGGGGCAAGAACUCUGGAGGGGCCAAAGGCUCAGGAAGUGGGAAAACCUCCGAUGGCAAUGGUGAACGCGGAAAAUCUCUGAAGAAAAGGUCCUACUUUGGCAAAUUAACUCAAAGCAAGCAGCACAUGCCACCACCUCCACCUCCUCCCCCUCCACCCCCAACAGCUGGAGCAACUGGCGGUAAGGGGAAGUCUGGGGGAAGGUUCCGACUCUAUUUUUGUGCGGACAGGGGAGCCCCCAAAGAACGCAAAGAAGCCAAGGAGGCCAAAGACUUAGAGAUCCCAGAAGGUGCAGCUCAGGGUCCCCACAGAGCCAGAGCUUUUGAAGAAGAUGAGGAUGACCCAUACGUGCCAAUGAGGCCAGGGGUGGCUGCCCCUCUCACAAGCUCCAGUGAUUAUAUGCCAAUGGCUCCUCAAAACUUCUCUGCUUCAAGACGCCACUCUCGAUCACCUUUUGAAGAUUCAAGAGGUUACAUGAUGAUGUUUCCCACAGUGAGCCCACCCCCUGCCCCAAGUCCCCCAAAAGAGCCGGAUCCUGAAAAGGAGGAUGAGUCAAAGGACAAUGACAGUGAGAGUGACUAUAUGUUUAUGGCUCCUGGAGCCGGUGCAAUUCCAAAAAACCCCCCAAAUCCUCAGGGUGGCUCUUCCUCUAAAAGUUGGAGCUCCUACUUUUCCCUGCCAAAUGCUUUUCAGGGCUCCCCAUUGGGACAGAGUGAGCACAGUGAGUAUGUACCCAUGUUACCUGGAAAAGUCCUGGGGAAGGGCCUAGACAAGGAAGCCUCAUCUAACGGGGGCCCCAAAGAUGCACUUUCAAAGCCUUCAGCCCAGGGGUCAUUCUCAAAGCCUGGAGAUGGGGGGUCACCCUCAAAGCCUUCAGAUGAUGGGCCUCCCAAGAACAAGGCUAAGAGACCUAACCGCCUCUCUUUCAUCACAAAAGGAAGUAAAAUCAAGCCAAAAUCACAAAAGCCCACACAUGAGCAGAGAGGAGCUGUCAGCUCUAGUGACUACGUCAACAUUGACUUCACCAAGAGAGAGAGCAAUGUGCCAGCCCCCUUUAUUUACGGACUGCCAGGUUCGUGGGGCAUCAUUGCUGGACCCAGACCAUCCGCCUUUUCCAACUAUGUGAAUAUUGAGUUCGGACUGCCAUUUCCAAACGCAGCACACAGGCUCUCUAAUCUUUUAAGAGCCAUUCCAGGUGCCAACCCCGUUUAUCUGGAAGGUGCUAGGUGGCCACUUGCACCUCUACUUCGCAGCGCUACAGGUGGCAGUGCAAGUGAAGAAGAGGGUGACUACAUCGAAGUGAUUUUCAAUCCAGCAAUGACACCGAUCGUGCCUUUCGGUGACAGUGCCAUCCGCUAUGAUGCUCAAACAGGUCGCAUUUAUGUGGUCGACCCGUUUUCUGAGUGCUGUAUGGACAUUUCUCUUUCCCCCGGCCGCUAUUCCGAACCACCACCUGUAGCCAGGCUGCUGCAGGAAGAACAGCCGCUAGAGCGAAGACGCCCGCAAAGCCGUUCGCAAAGUUUCUUUGGGUCCGCCAGGGCCGCGGUCUCGGCUUUCCCAACCGACAGCCUCGAGAGAGACCUCUCGGCCCCCUUUGCCUCGGCCGCCGCCGCCUCGGCAGCCGUGCCAGCCUUAGCCUUGAGCCGGGCGGUAGCUGCCGCCUCGGCCUCCGCCCUCGCCGUGGCCCCGGGCAUCGGGGCCGCGGCCAGGGGCCUGGAUGCCGCCGCCGGGUUUGACUCCGCCUCCGUCCGCUGGUUCCGACCUGUUGCUGGCGCCGCGGCCGCCGAAGCGGUCAGGGGGGCCCAAAACGUUGCCAGUGGCUCGAACCCGAGAGCCCCCAACCCGUCUGCAGACCUAGCCGGAGGUGAGAACAGGGCCGCCGCGGCCGCGCCCCCACCACCACCUCGCCGCCCUGUGCCGAGUCCCCCCGAGCUCGAGGAGUCUGACAACGACGACGACGACGACGACGAAACCUACGUGAGAAUGGACUUUGCCAGACCCGACUACAAGAAGUUCGACUCUCCCCGCAGAGUAGGUCCUGGAACUGAAGCCGCUGUUAAGAACUUUCCCAUGGUCAAAGAGGUAAGUGACAGAGCUGAAAAUCAAACCCGUACAUCUGAUUUUGAGUCCAGCGCUCCACCCAGCCCAUCACACCGUCUUCUCAUCGGAUGUUCCAUCUUUUAUUUUCCUAUUGAUAACAGAUUAUUAUAUAGGCAAGGGUUGAAAAAAUUACAAGUUUUCUUGAAUUUAAUAGUAGCAAUUUGUUGGGGGGGAAAUAAUUCAUUCAGAGUGUUACAGCUGUGAACCAUCUGCCAGAGCAUGGGUAAUUUUCAUCAUGUUGUACGUUCAACAUGGCUCCUCGAAUAAAAGAAUUUGACCUGUACUGGAAUUGAAUGUUUUAAAUCUGGCUUGGGGAGGAGUGUGCUAAUCUUUACCUCCUCAACACAAAUAGCUUGUGUGGCUAUUGGGUCCCACAGAGACACUGAAAGGAAAAGAAAGUGAAAUGGGGGUGCCUUCCCUAAACUUCCACUAAUGGUCAUUUCGUUAACUGAAGUCAGAUACCUUUGGUUUUCCCAAUAAUCCAUUGGCAUUUGCCAGUCAUAGCCAAAAGUCUCUUAAUUUCAUUUUUCCAUAUGUAUCCAAUCUGGAUAUUCUGAUCUAAACCAUCACAGUGGGCACAACAGGAUAAAGUGAGACAGGUGGAAGCAAGAGGGUGGUAGAAAUAGACACUCUUCAUUUGUUUAAAAAGCCAACUUGCUUUUGGCAGUCAGGCAAAUAGAUUUUAGAAGCCUUGAAAAUCAAAUCUUCGGGACAUAAAAAUCCUUGUUUAAAAUUAAAUUCAUUUUUUAGCACCCUUUUUUUAAAAAAAUGCUUUAAGACUAUGUAAAAAUAGCCCAGACAUUUUAUUGGCACUAUUGGAAAAUAGCUUUUGUAAAAUGCUUAAUUAAAGCCUGCAGUAUGUUUUGUCUAAGGUGCCAGGCUCUUAGAUGGUUAGGCUCAUUCGCUGGAAAACAUUGCUUGGUCCUCAGUGAGAAAUGAGAGAUUAAAAAAGCUACCUUUUAUGAUAAUGAAAUGAAUAUAUUGCAACACAUUCGGUUUUUACCACGACUAUCGACUUGCUACUCUUAAAGCUAUUGAUAACAUUGUCAAGAUACUGUGCUUGCCAUAUGAACUUCAAAUAUAUGCUCUAGCAAUUUUGCCUUGGUUAUUGGUUGUAUGGGUACAGGUCCUACAUUUCCAUCUUCUUUUGGAAAAAGAAAGAGUCUUCUUUUAGAAAUAUGGGCUGAACACUGGAGAAAUAGGAUUUUUUAAAGAGUUUUUAAAAUGUAGACGUCUAUCCUAUUACAGGUUCACAUUCUUUUUGAGGGUACCUUGUAAUUUCUUUUUUUUUAAGAUUUUAUUUACUUGUUUGAGAGAGAGAGA